AAUCCGGAGAUGCGUGUGUAUGACUGUGAAGCUUCCAACGAACCUCCUCCUAGGUACCCCAAUAUCGCUCGCCUGUUGUUGACUAGCACGCAAGCCGCGCGAGCGGUCGCAGGUGACGGCGGCGUGGCAGACGGCAGGAUUUCCUGUGGUCCCUUCUGCAACGACUUUGAUGGACGAAACAAAAGUUCAUGCCGGACCGCGUGACGGAAGGGGUGGGAAAGGGGUGUCAGACACCGGUAGUGUUUUACAAUGGCCG